AUGGAAUAUGUGCGAUUCCUGGGUUUUAUAGUCGUUGGCAACUUUGAUGUACCAAUACCGAGUAAUCGUCUUGAAGCACAUAUCAUAAAAUCAUUUGAAGAUAUGAAUAUGGAAUUUAAUAAGUCGGAUGCACAUAAUGAGAGCUCGUUGACAGAUUACAUUUAUGAAAUUGUCAAUAAGGAUGCUUUCUUUCUGUACGCAAUACCGACUCUGUACGUAUUAUGUGCAGUGACAAUUCUUGCAAACAUAUUUGUAAUGGUUUUAAUUAUCGCCAUUCCAGUACAGAACGUAGCGAUUUUGAUAUCAAUUUGUUCAAUUGCUUGUAUUGCUAUUGAUCGCUACAUCGCACUUGUGUGGGCACCGAUGAGAUAUCACCUUAUUGUCACUCGGAAAUCUUGUACAAUCGCCGUCCUUGUUGUGAUAAUAAGUCAGACGAGUGUUGCGCUUUUUCUCUUUCUAUACUGUGGGUGGUGCAGCCACGUUAUGCUUAUAGUUAUAUCAUUGUAUAUCGCAGUGAACACGACUCUGUAUAUAACAAUUUACAAAAGUAUUCAUAACUACCGAAUGAAAGUCCCUCGGUUGAAACACACAUUUAGAGAAUCCAAAAGAUUGCUGGGAACGUUUAGUAUUAUUGUUGGAGUGUUAAUUUUAACGUGGGGGAUGGUCUGCUCUGUCUGUCUUAUUCUUUACUAUAAAGGGAUAUUAUCAAAUACAUAUACCUAUAUGUCUAUUAUUAUAUAUUAUUUGUCUUAUUGCUUGACAACGAUUAACUCUCUUGCUAAUCCAAUAAUUUACUGGUUUCGGCUUACUGAAUUUCAAAAGGCAGUUAAAGAUACGAGUUGUCUCAAGUGUUAGAGGUACCGUACCUUAUGUUGUUCUAGGUUUUAAGCAAUAUAACCUGACACUUGAACGCAUGAGCCUAU